GGUGGGAAGAGGGGCCACGUCACUGUCCCCAGGCCGGGGAGAACGCGGCUCCGCCCCUCCCGCCCCCGCCGGAGUGCUGGGCCCGGAUCGAAGACCAACCGGCCCCAGCCCAGGGCCAGCCCAGUCGCCCGCGCCCGCCUACAAAGCCACAAGCAGGUGCAGGCGCAGCCGCUGCGCGAGCGGGCAGAGCCGUUAGCGCGCGCGCGGUCCUCGUGUCCGUCUAUCCGUCCGUCCGUCGGGGCGUCCAUCCAGCGGCGCAGAGCCGUUCGCAACCAGGCCCCAGCGGCCCCGGCCCCUCGUCGUCCCGCACCCGGAGCUGCCCGGCCGAGCCGGCUUUGGAGCAGCAGCCAUGUCCAUGGGCCUGGAGAUCGCGGGCACCUCGCUAGCCGUCAUGGGCUGGCUGGGCACCAUCGUGUGCUGCGCGCUGCCCAUGUGGCGCGUCACGGCCUUCAUCGGCAGCAGCAUUAUCACAGCGCAGAUCACCUGGGAGGGCCUGUGGAUGAACUGCGUGGUGCAGAGCACGGGCCAGAUGCAGUGCAAAGUGUACGACUCGCUGCUGGCGCUGCCGCAGGACCUGCAGGCGGCCCGCGCCCUCAUCGUCGUCGCCAUCCUGCUGGCCGCCUUUGGGCUCCUUGUGGCGCUUGUGGGCGCCCAGUGCACCAACUGCGUGCAGGACGACACGGCCAAAGCCAAGAUCACCAUCGUGGCGGGCGUGCUCUUUCUGCUGGCCGCCUUGCUCACCCUCGUGCCGGUGUCCUGGUCGGCCAACACCAUCAUCCGGGACUUCUACAAUCCCUUGGUGCCCGACGCGCAAAAGCGCGAGAUGGGCUCCGCGCUGUACGUGGGCUGGGCGGCCGCCGCGCUGCAGCUGCUGGGGGGCGCGCUGCUCUGCUGCUCGUGCCCGCCGAGAGAAAAGAAGUACACGCCCGCCAAGAUCCUCUACUCCGCGCCGCGCUCCACCGUCGGGCCGGGCACCGGCACCGGCACGGCCUACGACCGCAAGGACUACGUAUGAGGGGGCAGCCGCGGAGAGUCCCCACCACCCCCACGAGCUGGUGCGCCCACCAGUCCUGCGUGCGGCCUUGCAUCCGAGACCAGCCCACCCAAAUGCUAGGCAGCUCUCUCGCCGGACUGGGAGGGGCCCGCCCGGUGUCACCCUCCCCAGCUGCCACCCCUCCUCGGGCCGGGGAGCGGGAUUGCGGAGCCCAGAGACCAGUCAGCACGGACCAUGAAACCUCGCCCCUCUGGAGCGCGGGGCCGGGGUGACCGCCGCUACUUGCCUGCCCCGUCGGGCUGUGGCCUCAGAGCCCUCGUUGGGCAGGGACCCGCAGUCUUGAAAAGGGCCACUUGAUAUUUUUCAAUAAAAACCUUUCGUUUUGCA